CUCCAGUCGCUAUGGUAACGUGGCCCGCGCUAGAGGUGCGACCGGAGGGCGGGCGAGCGGGCGAGCUAGUGCUGGCGCUCGGAAUCCCGGCGGCCCCAGAGCGGGCUGGCGCGGUGCCUGGUCGCGCGCCGGGAGGCGACGAGGAUUUCGCUGGGCCCUGCCGAUGGAGCACGGGCUGCCACCAUGCUGCCACUGUGCUCAGAGAAGGAACUGGGUGAGCUGCUGGCUCGAAAGGAGGAGGAGUGGCGGGCACUGCAGGCUCACCGUGCCCAGCUGCAAGAGACAACUCUACAGACUACUCGGAAACACCUGGAGGAGACACAGGGGAAGCUGCAGCGCUUGCAAGAGGACUUUGUUUACAACCUUCAGGUGUUGGAGGAGCGGGACCGUGAGCUGGAGCGCUAUGAUGUUGAAUUCACCCAGGCCCGCAGGCGGGAGGAGGCUCAUCAAGCAGAGGCCAGCGAGCUCAAGAUAGAGGUGGCCAAGCUGAAGCAGGCACUCACCAGAGAGACCAGGCACGUGGAGGAGUUGCAGCAUCGUCACCAGCUAAUGUUACAAGAGCAUCACUUGGAGCUGGAGCGUAUCCACAGUGACAAGAAGAGUGAAGUGGACCACCAUCAGGGACAGUAUGAGAGUCUCAAGUGGACGCUGGAGAGAAAGCUGAGGGAACUCGAUGGUGAACUUGCUCUUCAGAGACAGGAGCUGCUGCAGGAGUUCGAAUCUGAAAUUCAGAGAAAGGAUCAUGAGUUCCAACUGAGGGCUGAUGAUAUGAGCAACGUAGUCUUGACCCAUGAGCUCAAGGUAAAACUGCUAAACAAAGAGCUGCAGGCUCUCAGAGAAGCUGGAGCACAGGCAACAGAGAGUCUGCAGAAGGCAAAAGCAGAGCACAUCCAGUUGCAGAGGAAGCUACAGGACCAUGCCCUGGAGCUCCAGAGUCUGGAGGCUGUAAAGGAUGCUCGGAUAAAAGACUUGGAGAAGAAGCUUCAGUCUGUACAGCUGGCUAGGAAGAGAGCCGAGGAGACCUUCAGGAGGAAGAAUGAAGAGCUUGACCGUCAGGCCAGGGAGAAAGACACAUUGCUGGCAGCCGUGAAGGGCUCCCAUGCAAAGCAGCUGCAUGAGCUGGAGGCCAAGAUGCUGGAGCUCCAAGCCCACUGUGAAACCCUUGAGGGCCAACUGCGCAAAGCCGAGUGGAUUCGAGCUGAUGAUGCCAAGGAAAAGAAUGCUCUCAUUGACAAACUUCACGAAGACGCGGCAGCUUUGAAAGCUGCCUGGGAUGCCCAGAUCACUCAGAUGUCCAAGGAGGCUGUCUCCAAAGACCUUCAGGUUCAGAAGCUACAAGAAGAAGAGGCAAAGCUCAAGGCACAGGUGGCCGGGUUCCAGAAGGACAUAGACAGGUACAAGCAGCAACUGUCCCUGGCGGUGGAAAGGGAACAGAGCCUGGAGCGUGACCACGUGCAGCUAGGCCUAGACUGGCAGCGCCGUUGCGAUGAUGUUGAACGAGACCACAUCCAGAGAUCAGAGGCUUUGAUCCGAGGUCUGACCAGGGCCAGAGAUCAGGUGUCUGCCAAGCUCGAGGAGACAGAGAAGGCACUGCACAGGCAGGAGACGUUGCUGAAGGCUGUGUCACUCGAGAGAGACCAGGCUAUGGAAACUCUGCGGAGGCACGGGCUCCUCCCUGGACAGGAGGCACAGGUACCUCCACAGCAGCGUGACAGAGAAACGAGGAAAGAUUUCCCAUCGAGUGAGAUCCAGCGGCUACAGGAACAGAACGCGGGUCUGCGGAAUGCUGUUGCACAGAUGAGGAGAGAGAUGGAGUUGCUGAGUGGCCAUCUCCCUUCUGCUCACCCAGAAGAGUGCCCGGAUGCAAACCCUGGUGCCAAGGCUGCCGGAGGCCCAGCCCUCCCAGAUCAUUUUCUGGCUCUCGAAGCAGAAAUUCAAAACCUAAAGCAUAAACUUGAAGUCCUGGAAGAGCAGCGACAAGGUGUCAGAGAGCCAGUGAAGACAUCCUUGCCCACUGAUGAUCCACACCCUGGGGCAGCUGUGACAGACCAGGCAUGCAUUGCAUUAGCACUCAGAAAACUCGGAGACAGAGUACAUCUCUUGAACUUGCUGGUGACACAGCUCAAAAAGAAGCUGUGGCAGAAGCCCCUGGAGCCGGUCACUGUCCAGCAUGAGCUCCCCGGUGAAGUGGACCAGGUGCACCUGGAGGUUGUGGAGCUGCAGAAGCAGGUGGCUGAGCUGAGGAAGCAUGUCAAGGUGGCCGGGCCCCGAGGAGAGCCUGCAUACACAGAGCAGCUGCAGAGAGAGGGCCUGACUGACUGGAGACCCAUGGUCACAAUGGACCAGACAGAGUUCACUAGUCUCCCCCAGGAAGGGGCACAGCCUCCACAGACCCUAUCUGUGCCACAUCUGCAAAAGAAACUGAAAGAUGCAGCUAGGAAAAUACGCAGCCUCAGCCUAGAGAGGGAGCAGCUUCUGGAAAUGGGGAACAGACUCCGAGCAGAGCUGGGCCAUCCUAAAGGGAAACUGACUCCUUGCACACUUCCUCCCACCUCUGAGUCCCGGGACCCCCGUGAGAGGCCUGAGACACCUCUAGACCCUGGCCUACCUUUGAAACAGUUGCAGCCCCACUCAACAACUCAGGACCCCAGGCACACCACGAGAAAAUGUGUUUCUGAAUAUUUAGGGGAAAAUCAGCCCCACUCAGUCCAAGUGGGCAGCAAAUGCAACAUCCCACGAGGCUACACGGCAGGCGUGGCAUCAAGGCCUGCUCAGAAGCAACACCGAGUCCCCACAGAAACUUUGAAGUCGGUUUGUCAGAAAGAAAACAGGUCUCCAAAGCUACCACCACAGGCACAAGAAGUCCCCGAGGAAAGUGACCAUCACACCCAUAGAUCAUCUUCGUUGACCAGCAGUUCCCUCCAGGACACCUGGAAGCUGUUAGACCUGGGAUCCAGCCUUUCAGGUGUCACCUCCCAGGAUGACUCUGCUGCAGAGCGUCUGGCACCUCCAGGAGCCAGCUGUCUCCAAAAGGUUCACCAGAGCCCUGUCACCACGCAAAGCACCUUUGCUGUCAAAGGUCUAAAGAUGGAAGCUCAGCCAAAAGUCACACACCCCAGACCCAGAAAGGCUCAUCCAGCUGAACCUACAAACUGCUGGCAGCGGCAGCGGCACCCUAGGAUCCGCAACUACAACCUCAAGGACUAAGUCUCAGCCCCCUGCAGGGGACCCAUGAGGGCCUCCACCCUGGUGCUUGGGGCCUGUGCUGGUACAAGUUGGGUGUGAGUGUACACAUGGCAUACAGGUGGGCUGUGAGCACAGGGCAGGCUCCCAAGUGAUGGCCUACCCGAUGCCAUCAAGCCAUUAAAACCCUCCUCCAUCUGCUUGGCCUGCAAA